GUUGAGUCACGUUCCCCAAUUUUGCAAUAACCGAUAUUGGAGCUUUGCAGCUGUUGUUGGGGUUCGUAAAAUUCAGUUAAUCAGUGUAAACGAAACGAUUCAACGCUGAACUAGAAAUUUGAAUAGCUCGCGAGGAAGCAAAUUCUGGAAAUAACUUUAUGUGUUUUUGUCAUUAGCAAGUAUAAUUAACUUGGUCUGUAGUGAUAUAUCGAAACAAAAUUAGACACGCAAGCAAUCUUUACGGGCUUGAAAACAACCUGUUUUUCAACGGGAAAAAACACCGCAGUACUAAAAUGGCAAGGGUGGUGAAAGUGAAUUGCGCAUCAGUGGCCAUAUUUGCAAUUUUAUUGCUUAGCCAAAAUUUUGACUCAAGUGAUGCCAAACGCGUUUUGAGUGGCGGUAAUCGUAAAUCCGGUAGUGGACGCACGCCGUCCAGUAACAAUGGUCAUGUGACCAAACCAAGCUACCCUACUCAAGGCAGCAGUGGCAGUAAUUCCCAUGCAGAUCUUGCCAAACUUAGCUAUUCUGGAUAUAAUUCAGCACCAAACCGUCCAGCAGCUGCUGGAGGUAGUGGUGCUACAAACACCCAGCCUAUAGGCUGGAAUGUCCCCAAAUCACAAGGACCACCACCUUCUUACUCUGCUGCUAAUACCUUCGGUGGUGCGCACACCAAUAUACAUGAACCAGCACCAGCUUACCGCCCAAACAAUGCAGGACCACCAAGCUAUGGCAGUGCAACAAAUGUGCAUACUCCAAUAACAGCAACUAAUACCCAUGGAGUACAAAGCUCCUAUCCCGGCGCUACUUACCAUUCACCAGGCUCAGUUCCCCCCGGCGCAACCUAUUAUUCAUCGCCUGGUCAAUUACCUGCCGGCGCAACAUAUCAUUCGCCUGGCUCAUUGCCAGCUGGCGCUACAUACCAUUCACCUGGAUCUUUGCCACAAGGUGCAAGCUAUUAUCCAUCAGCAGGACAUAUGCCAUCUAAUGGCGGUUACUAUCCAGGUGGUGGCAGUCAUUAUCCUGCAGCUGCUGUACCCGCUGGUGCAACUUAUGUCGCGCCCGGUGCUGCAUUGCCACCAGGUGCAGUGCUUUACUCAGCACCACCGCAACAAACUUCAUCUGGCUUAGGAUUCGGUUCCGGUUUGGCUGCUGGCGCUAUUGGUGGUGCAAUCCUUGGACAUGUACUCACACCCACACAUACACGCGUUGAAUCUGCACCAGCUGCAGCCGCUGGGCAGCCGGGCACAAAUGACGACAAGAUUAUCAUUAUCAAUAAUGGUCCACCCGGUUCAGUAACUACGACAAAUGCUGCUGGCGCAACAGUCAUAACAACAGGUGUUGCUGGCGAAAAUGGCACACAACCAGCAGCUGUGCCAGCACCAGCAGCAGGCGCUACACCAGCUGAUCCUGCAGUACCCAACGUACCGCUUGCGCCUAUGGGAGAUGGAGCAGCAGCUGUGGCGGCCGCACCAGCAGCAGCAGCAGCAGGCGCUGCACUCGCUCCAGGAACUGAUAGUGCCGCCGCGCCACCACCACCUCCAGCCGGCGAACAACCGCCACCAGGUGGUAUAAUUUGUGUACCAAUACGUACUAACGAAACCGAUCCCACAGACAACACCAAAAUGAUUGAAGUUGAGAAGAUUGCCUGUUACCCUGCCCCACCGCCACCACCACCGGCAGCAGCUGGUGCUGAAAUGAAUGACACUGUACCAGUUAUGCCACCGGCUGGCGAAGGUACCGCGCCCUUGGCACCAAUGAGUCCAGUCACCGCAGCUUCCCAGCAAUUGCAAGCAAAUCCAACACAAGCACCCUUGCUACCCGCCAAUGCUGAGGUUAGAACUAGUGGUGCCAAAGCCUGGCUGGGUCAUUGCAGCUCACUCACAACGAUUUUAAUGCCAUUAUUGAUUGCUUUUUUUGGUCUGCGUUAAAUACGUGCAGUUAUAAAUAGCACGGAAAACAAGUGAACAGCUAAAAUUGAAAAGACAUUAAAUAUAAGAAACAAAGAGAAACAAAUCGAUAAUGCUCCCGCUUAGUAAGACAGCAGCUAAUUGAAAGUAUGUUAUGGAAUAUGCAUACCUCUUUUUGUAAAAAUUGUGAAAAAAACAUAUUUUCUCAUUUUUACAUAACAUUACGAAUCUGAUGAAUCUCAGCAUGUUUUACAGUGCAAUGAUGUUAUUCAUUACACUUUUUUUAAAUUAUCUCAAAUAGUUAUAGUAAAGUAUUAUAAGCAAUAAAUGCUUUAAAUAAUAAUAAAAAAUAGCACAGUAUUGUUGUAAAUAUUUCAAUAACACAUAUUAAGAACAAAUUUUCCGAAUAUAUUGAUAUUAUUGUCAUUAACCAGUGAAACUACUCGUUUAACCUUCGCAUUGUCUCAAAACAUGUGUCGAAUAAUAAAAGCGAUUCAUAUGCUACAUAUAUGCUUUAAAAUGUUUAACAAAUAUUUACGCAUAAAACUCGCGCCUUUCGUAAUUUAAAUUAGGGAAUUUUGAAAACAAUCCGAAAUAAUUAUUUGAAUAACUGAAAAAAAAACAAUAUAUAUGUUGUGGUUAAUAAAUGUCUUCUUGUAAUAUGCAGUUAAACCGAAAACAAGAAAUUUUUAUCCAUAUACCGUAAAUACUUUAAAUAUGUUAGCUAAAAAAAUGUUCAAAUAUAGAUAAAGCAUGUUAAAACAAAAUAGCAAAAUUCCAAUAGAAAAAUUCAAUACUCCAUUAGUCUGUAUAUGUAGAUAUAAAUAUUUGCUAAUUUUUUUGUAACCCGCACGUCACAAGUAAAUAAAUAUUCAAUGCAAUAAACCUAGCUUACCAGCACCCCACACUAACCGCAAAAAA